UGGUUAAGGUACUUGUGAAGCAGUGUUCUCGUGGGAGGGCUCAGAAAAUUGGUUUUAAGUAAAUUUCUCCUUCUUUUAUAAUUGAUUGCGUUUUCAUUUCAGGCUUUUCUGGAUCAUCGUUUGUCUUUUUUCAAUAUACAGUACAAGGAAUUUGGUCAUAUCUAACUGGAGAGCUUUUCAAAAUAAUGCUGUCAGCUUUGUGUCAGAUACAAGUUACUUGACUUGGGACACCGACUUUGUCACUGUAUCUGUGUGUGAGGCAGAAUCUCUGGAUAAGAUAGACAUGGAGGGCCAACGGUUGUUUGGUGAGACACGCAACACAUACUUGGAUGGACUCAUCUCUAGUCUUGCAUUCUUUGAUGGUAAUUGUCGCACUUGCAUAUCUCAAUGCUCCACGGGAGAGUUGAAUUGUUCAAUUAUCGACAUUGAAACAAUUGUGAAAGAGGUAAGAACCCCCUGUGAAAAACUGAUGGGCAAUUGUUUUUGGAGUGGAACAGAGUUUGAAUGCUGUGAUGAAUUUCUACCGCUUCAAACAGAGUUGGGUACAUGCUUCACAAUCAACUCUAUACACACCAAUAGACCCAAAGGCACAAAGCUCAAGAUGACAUCGAACCGGACAAAAGGACCCGGCAAGCUAACUUUCGAAGUUUCAGAGGCUGCAAACGUAAGAUUCUUAUUAUACAACUUAUGUGAUGUGUGGGAGCAGAUUUUUCUGCACGGGCGAGACGACGUGCCGUUUAUAAAUCAUCCUCAAGAGGCCAAAGUUUCGAUUGACUGGGGAAGCGUUUUGAGGAUAUCAUUUCAAGUGAAAGAGAUAGUAAAUGACCCAAUACUCGAUCAAGUGUCAAUUGAACAAAGACGAUGUCGCAUGGAACAUGAGAACAACUUGGAGGUCUACAAAUUCUAUAGCUUCUCUACGUGUGUCGUCAACUGCAGGGCAUACGCGCAAAGAGAUCUCUGCAAUUGCACUCAGCAUUUUAUGCCACCCCUUCAAGGGGUGGCUACUUGCGACAUUCACGGAUUGGAAUGUUUAACUAAAAAUUCAGUGAUUCUGCUUGGAUUGAAAUCAGAAAACUACAGCAAGGAGGGUUUAGAGUGUCACUGUAUGCCCAGUUGUUCUGAAUCUGAAAUCACAAUGGUCUCUACAAGCAUUACUCUCAACUCAGAUGUGCAAGACGAAAGUGCCUUUGGUUCAAAAGUUACCAUUAAAAUGGAGGCUUUGCCGUCCGAGAGAUAUAAACGCGACGUAGUUCGAUCUCGCUUGGAUUUGAUUGUUUCAGUCGGAGGAACAGCGGGGUUAUUCUCGGGAGCAAGUGUUGUGACUUUAGUUGAGCUGUUUUGUUUUUUUUGUCUUCGUCGUACCAAGAGAGAUUCACUCCGAUCAGGUGGGGUCAAGGCUGUCACUGAAUCAAAACAGAGAUGAGCAUGACAAUUUAGUCUUUAGAUAAUCUAGGUAAUCCUUUGCAUAAUCUCUCAAUAGACCCGCAAUUUGCACGUCAAGUACCUUUUUCAACCUUACUUGCUAGGUUGUUUUUACGUGUUAAUUAUUCAGGGGAGAGGAAGUAUGGGUGAUGAAUCAAUUGGACGUAUUUCUAUCGA